AUGGAAGCUGCCUUGCGUGUGUUGCGUUAUUUGAAAAGUGCUCCAGGACAGGGAUCUUCACUUGUUUCUUGGCGAACAAAGAGGCAGAAAACAGUGUCACUCUCUUCAGCAGAAGCCGAAUAUAGAGCCAUGACAGCCUUACAUAUAGCAGCCAAUCCCGUUUUCCAUGAGAGAACCAGGCAUAUAGAAAUGGACUGCCACUUUAUUCGGGACAAAAUACAAGAUGGUUCGGUUGUAACCAAGUUUGUUACUUCGGCAAAUCAGCUUGCGGAUGUAUUCACUAAACCGUUGGGAAAGGAACCCUUUUCUACCAUGAUUCGCAAGUUGGGAGUUCUCGACAUUCACUCUCCAACUUGA